CCUUUUUCAUCUUCUGAAGGGGAGCAGGACAGAAAUAGUUUGAGAACCACCUGUGAUGAUCAGUUUCAGACUAGUGAGAGGGAGCGCACCUCUUCCGAAGAUGGAUGACAAUAUCAGCCAGAAGUUCUUACGUUUAUCUUAAAAGUCUCAUUCAGGUUCUUUCAUUGUGAGUGCUAAAAAUGAUGUCCAAGAAGCCAAGGUGGCAUGAGACCUCUAAGACCAAUAAACCUACACAGAAGACAGGUGGGAGGGAACCAGCGGCAUCAACAGUACCUGUAUCUAGUGGCGGUAAACAGGCUGGCAGCAGUACGUCUAAAACCAGUUAUGUUAGUUAUGGAAGGAGCAAGAGCCUCAGCAGCAGAGGUAGUGACUCGAUUUCUGGUGGCAGUAAGGCUGGUGGCACUUUGAAAAGGAGCAGCCUCAGCAACCAAGUCUGUGUGGGCCACCAGGGUACCAGACAAGCAUCUCAUCCAGCCAGACCAGCUGUGCGCCUCUGCAGCAGCCGGAGCUUUUCAUCCCUCCACACCUCCUCUCUCACUGCCGCUCCGUUCAUGAGAAGCAGCCGCUCUCUUAACAGACUCGACCAAAGAUCCGCUGGAGACGAUUCAGACCAUGCAGUUUCAAGUUCACAAGUAAAAAAAGGACUAUCCACAAAAGAGAAAGCCCUGCGUUGUGGCCAACCGUCCUCCGCUGAGGACCAAAUCAGGGACAACAAAGACCAGUGUCAUGGUGACAGUGCUGAGAAAAUGAAAGCAAGCAGCUCCUUUGAGACUCUGGAGUCUUCCUUGUAUUUGGUUUCCACCACUGAAUGUCAUCAUCACUGCAACAAAGUAAAGAAACAGGAGUUGAAACACUCUGCUCCUGAUGUCUCAGGCUCGUUCCUACCUCGUUACUACCGGCCCAAAUCCCCUGAGUGCAGAGAUGUUGAGACCUCUGCCAUUCCUGACCUACUCAACUUUAAGAAAGGAUGGAUGAUGCGACAGGAUGCAUCUGGACAGUGGCUGAAACACUGGUUUGUCCUGACUGGCCAAAUCCUGAGGUUCUACAAAGACUCAAUUGCCGAGGAGGCAGCUGAUGUGGACGGUGAGAUAAACUUGUCCACAUGUUAUGACAUCACAGACUACCCAGAUCAGAAGAACUGUGGUUUUCAAAUUCAUACCAGAGACGGAGUGUACACUCUCUGUGCUAUGACUUCUGGGAUGAGACGCAACUGGGUUCAAGCAGUGUUGAAGAAUGUGAGGCCUAGUCUUACACCUGACGUCACAAGCUCCCUUUCAGAGCAGAAGACUCAAGAGAAACACCAAACCAGUGACUAUGCAGAUGAAACCAAGCAACAGCAGGAAAAAGAGGAGCUGCAGCCAGAGAGGGAGCAGAGCUCUGCAUCGUCUUUGAUCUCCUCCUCCUAUAUAUCCUCCCCCAUCUCACCCACCGCCUCCUCUGCUCUGUCUCCCAUCAGUCCUCCACGGCAGGUAGAGGAGGGUGAAGGCGCUUCCUGUCAUCAGUGUACGCUUCUUGUUGCGGCCACACAGACUGGUGUGGCGGAUGCAUCAUUGUGCGUUGAAGGAGCUGGAAGUAACAGCUCUACUUCCACAACGAUGCUGUCAAAAGAUGAGUGUUUUGACGAACAUUCAAACAUGCGGAGUGAAAUCGAUCAGCAAGUUCAAACAACAGCCCAGAGUGAGGAGCAACAAGUGUCAACAAACAUCACCUGUGAGCGCACGAAAGUGAAGGAAAAAUUGUCCUGUGAGCAACAAACUGGGCAACUUGUCAAAGAGCUGGAACAAAUGCAGAAGGAACUGUCUCGACUCCAGCAGUUGAACAGGAAUCUGCAGGAUGAGCUACAGCAAGAAAAAGAAAGUCACUCAAGAGAAAGGCUUUAUCCACAGGUAUAGCACAGAAGACAUUUGUAGUGGCACUAGUCAGUUUGAAGUCAUGCCCCCUACCAUUUUGUGAAAAUACACAUUGUUCUACAGUUAAAAGGGAAUAUGGGAUAUAAGAGAAUUAGGUUUUGCUUUCUUAUUUAUUUA